AUGAAUAUUACCGACUCAGAAGUCUUCGUAGAUACAAAAUUUUUACUUCAUAGAGUUAAGUUUUCGAUCUUACUCAUAUUACAAAUUCCAGCAUUUAUACUUUCUCUUCUCAUCUUCUUCUUUUUCAUCAAACAUCGUACUAUUAGAGAAGCACCACAUAAUCGAGCAUUGUUAAUUUUACUUAUUGUGAAUUUUAUACAAUUAUCAUUUACUUUGCCACUUAAUCUUCAUUUCUAUGCUGUUGGUUAUGUUAGUCCAGCUAUACCGACUUUUUGUACAUGGUGGACUUUUUUUGAAUUUACAUUAUAUGUUACUAGUGAAUAUCUUAUGGCUACUAUAUCAGUUCAAAGGCAUUUACUUGUUUUUAAUGGACAUAUUUUACGUAUUCGUUGGAAGCGUAUUUUAUUUCAUCAUUUACCACUUGUUUUUUGUCUUAGUUAUCCUAUAAUUUUCUAUUUUUUUGCAAUUAUUUUAUACCCAUGUGAUGGUAGUCAAUAUGAUUACACUAACAAUCUCUGUGGUUUUGCUGAUUGUUAUCUUUUAUUCAAUAAGGUUUUGGGAACAUUUGAUUGGGCCUUUAAUAAUGGCUUACCAAUGGUGAUCAAUGCAGUAGCCAAUAUUAUGCUAAUUGUACGAGUCGUUCAACAGAAAAGGCGACAACAACGACCAGUCACAUGGAAACAACAACGACGUAUGACUGUUCAGUUAUUCUGUAUUUCAAGUCUAUAUUUAGCUGCUUGGUCACCCUCUCUCAUUGUUGGAGUUGUGCAAAUUCUUGGUUUUCCUACUUUUCUUGCUGCCGUUCAAACAGACUAUUUUCUCGAUCUUAUCUAUAUCGUUUGUCUUUUUCUACCUUGGAUAUGCAUUGGUUUAUUACCUGAAUUAUUAGUAUGGAUUAAAACAUUAUGUCAUUGUCAGCAACGACACAAUGCAGUGGGAACUGUUGUAACACGAACUCAGUUGCACAUAUUACAGUAA